AUGCCCACAUCAGGGCGGUUAGAUCCACAAUUUGGACAGCGAUCUGCGUUUCCAAUUGAGUCAGAUAUCGUUGCCACUGAGGGAGAGCCAACUAACGGAGUGGAAUAUGUUCUGAAAGUGCGCCAAGAGGCCGAGGAGAUGGCUCAGAGGGUGAUUGAUUCUGAGCCGGCAGUCAAAAGAAUAGCCAAGCGACCGGCAUCAACUACGCCGGUGCUUGAUUAUGACGAGAGUGCCGACUAUAAAGUGUUUGAGUAUACGAAGCAGGCGCUUGGGGUUGAGGGAGGACGCACUUUACUGGAGCUGUACGCACGAGGGAGAGAAGUUGUCAACAACAAGGACAUUGAACCCUGCGAUUGCGAUAGUCAAGCUACAUGGAAAGAAUAUAUACAGGAAAACCCACCCUUGACUCUAGAUCACAGCUCGAAUCUUCGGGUUAUAAAGUACUUGGCCCGCUGGGGUCGUCAAAGGUGGACGGUCAGUAUGGCUCACUGGGCCUGGAUAACGGUGAUUCGUUUACCAGAGGUUCUGACUGCAGACGAGAUUGCACUUUUACGAGAUUUGGUGAGAGCAGACGAGACUGAAGAAGAGGACAUUAGGCAGUUUCUCGAUGCAAUCCGCCGCAUAGCCGUGGACCAGUUUGGCCAAGCCGACCUUAGAAAACAAUAA